UAACCAGAUCACAACUCCUCCUCUCCUUCAUGAUCAUCAUCAUCCUCAAGCUGCAGAAGAAAAAGCCACACGAGUUCACUGAAAUUUAGCUUUUCACUUUCACUGCUCGGUGAACAUCAUUUAAAUACAGACAUGACGGAUUUUGUUGUUUGAUAUUUUUGUUUUCCAGGUUCUUUAAAUUGAAUUCACGAUGGAAUUACGCGCGUUUUGCGCCUCGCGUUAUUUACGCAUCUGCUUAUUUGUUUUCCUCUUGCAAGUUUCCCGAUGUCAGAGGAACCCUGCAGCUCGGCAGAGACACGAGGAGGGAGCUGCUCUCCGGCAGACCCUGCAGUGGUCCCACAACGGCCAGGUUUUUAGCAUUUUGAGCCAUGGAUCGGAGUACGAACCCCCGAAGCGGAGGAGCGCGCCUCAGCAGCAAGUGCAGCCGCGACCCGUUACUAUCAUCCGGGAUGCGGAGGCGGUGAGACCCCAGGACGCCCGGAGUCAGCAGCAGCAGCAGCCUCCCCGCAGCAGCAUCCCGCAGCCGCUCCAGAGGCUCGUGAGAGGGCGCGAGCACCGUCAGCAUCUUCACCGGGAGCGUCCCGGAGCGCGCGCCGGGACGCAAGAGAACCCCAGGGUCAACGACGCACAGGGGAAGGUGAACGUCAGCCGACCGACUGAAGAUGUAAUGCUUGGUGAUGACCCCUAUGAUCCCUACAAAUCCAUCGACUCUGAUAAUCCAUAUUACAACUAUUAUGACGCGUAUGAGCAACCAAGGCCCAGAUCGAGACCCGGAUAUGGCACUAGGUAUCAUCAGUACGGUCUCCCUGAUCUGGUUCCUGAUCCCUACUACAUCCAGUCUUCUGUUUAUGUCCAAAGAGUCCCAAUGUACAGCUUGAGAUGUGCAGCCGAGGAAAACUGUUUGUCAAGUUCAGCCUAUAGGUCAAGGGACUACGACAACCGGAUGCUGCUGAGGUUUCCUCAGAGAGUGAAGAACCAGGGCACGGCCGAUUUCCUCCCCAACAGGCCACGUUACUCCUGGGAGUGGCACAGCUGCCACCAGCACUACCACAGCAUGGAUGAGUUCAGCCACUACGAGCUGCUGGACGCCACCACUCACAGGGCGGUGGCAGAGGGCCACAAAGCCAGCUUUUGUCUGGAGGACACUUCCUGUGACUAUGGAUACUACAGGAGAUACGCCUGCACGGCACACACCCAGGGCCUGAGUCCAGGAUGUUAUGAUACCUACAACGCAGACAUCGACUGUCAGUGGAUUGACAUCACAGAUGUGAAACCUGGAGAGUAUACCCUCAAAAUCAGCGUAAAUCCUUACUAUCAGGUCCCAGAAUCCGACUACAGCAACAACAUUGUGCGCUGUGAUGUUCGUUACACUGGGAACUACGCCCAUGUGUCAGGUUGUCACAUGUCAACAUAUUAAGGAACAGCAGUGAUCUGUGGAAAUUCUACUACUUAAACCCUGAAAUCGAGGACUGCCUUCAGGAUGUGGAAAAUGACAUCAAAUAACAAAACAUGAAACACUUUCUGUUUAGAAAAAAAACUAAGGAAACAGUGCAAGCACCAUGAGAUUUGGCAGAAAUUUUUUUGAUUUUCCUCACUGAAAAGCAUGCUUACACUAUUUUUUCCCCAAUAUUUUACAACAUUGAAUUGUACUGUAGGACUAUGUUUUAAGAGAAUAAAAUAAUUUAAUAAAAACAAAUACAAAAGAUUUAACUAAGUCAUUUUAGCAGAAUAAUACAUAAACUAAAAACAUUCCCAUAUGUAUGUGCAGCAGAUAAAUCUCUUCAUAUUCAACUGUUGUUGAAAUAUUCAUAAAUGAAGCUUUGUGAUGCAGUUUUGCCAUCUGUUUAUAAUAAAGUGACCAUAGAUUUCAUUUUUCUGUUUCUGUCAAACACAUAAGUUUUGUUUGUCUGAAUUUGUGAGACAAUCCUGAGAACGUAAUCCACUAAAGUUGUGUUUCCAGCUGAGUCUCACUGUGUUAUUCUGAUUUUUUUUUUUUUUUUUUUUUGGACUUUAGCCUGGAAAUAAAAAUUGCAUUAUCUAGUUGCUGGUUACUUUUUCUGACUGACUCAAAACACAUUCAAGACUCAGCUGCUUUUGUAAUGCAGGUUUUGCCUGAUGACCAGCUUGUGCUAUCAGAAAACUGUGAUAACAUCACCACAACGUCAACAAAAUAGUUUCCUGGGUUGACAAACUUCCCGGGGACAUUUUGCAAGACUUUUUCCAGGGCUGAGUGCAAUAAAGAACAACCUGCCUUGCCUAAAAGUGGACUGAAAGUUUAACUUAAAUUAAGACUUUUGGGGGGGAUAAGACUCCUUUAAACUGUCUGUAAAGAUCAUUUAAUUGAAUAAUAAAAACUGUUUACACAUUA